AGUAUGAUGACCAAGAAUUCUCCACUAAUGUGUUACGGAAGUAAAACUAUUGAAUCUUAUCUGGCCGGACAUAACUACGCGGGGACCGGAUUCAAUCUCACUUCAGUCAUAUGGAUAUUUGUAACGUGGGCCAUAUUGUCCCGCAGUGAAAGUAUUCAAAACUUAAAGUGAAAACUAAAAUCACCUCAUUACGCGACUUUCCGUGCUAUUCUUCCUCCGUCUGUACAUACGUUUCACAUUCCUGAUUAUUUCCACGAAGCACGUGCUUCAAUAUUUCUGUCGCAGUUUCUGUAAAAUGCAUCAAUUAAAACGUGUCCGUUUGUCUGGUAAAUAAACAAACACUCACCUUUGUUUUAGUACGUGUAAACAGCUAAAUGAGAAACCACAAACGCGUGCCACAUCAUACAGGGUCACUAAGAGGAUAUAUAAUAAUGUUCAGUUUUGAAACAUACUCGUUUGUUUCUAUAACACAAAUGUUUUCAUGUUAUUAUUUACUUUAAAACCUCUGUUUGUGUACGGAAGGUGUCCUCUUAUAAGUAGCAACAUUACGCGUAAAUGUUUCUGCGACUUCUAAUUCAACUGCUCCGCGUCACUUCUUUUACCUGAUACCAGUCGACCUGAAACGCCCCCAGCCACAGUGCCAUGAGUCACGGGACCGGUUGUAUCAGUUGUGUUAGCCCCGCACCAACCGCAAUACCGGACCUAUCACAACGCACCCAGUUGAGGUGAUCAGUACUGCAGCGAAAGGUCCAAGCGGCGGGUGUACAUUGAAUCUCUCAGUAGUAGCAUGCCUUACUGCUGGGCACAUGGACACGAUACUGUGUUCUAUUGGAGUACAUUCCGGAGUGUGUUAUAUUGUUUGUGUCACGUUUGAGCCGGAAACCUCGUCUCGACAGUGAGUGGUCUACCCUCGAACAUAAGGUACAGAUAGAGGUGUCUGAGGCGGUGUCACUGACAUUAUCACGAAAGGUGGUCCACUUGCGUGAUAUCAACGAUCUUUACAAAUAAUCAAAUAAUCUUCAUUAUGAGAGGACAUUAUUUACAAGACCGGGUGCUUGUUUGUGGUUUUCAAUUCCUCUUUCCCGCGUGUAUUGUAAUGCAGACACAGCAGACGUCCUUGCCCGAGAGAAGAACACAGGGUAUUCAGUGAAUUGAGUCUUGGUCCACAGACUACACACGGACGGCAUUUCCUUUUGCGAUACUGCUAUCAGCGUUCGCUUACGGUGACCGGCAACCUGGGAGGUCACACGCUCCGUAUUUUAGAGAAGCUAAAAAUAAACACUUCGGAAUUUAAACAGGAGGAAUCCCCUAGUCUUCCAUCAACACUGUCUCUCACAAGUGCAGGUGUCCGUGGAUCAUAGUGGGAGUGUGGAUGUAAAUCUUAGGCCAUGGUGUUGUGUGCGUGAAACUGAGCGGGAAUGUAGUAGGCAGGUGCUCUAGAUUCAGCUAGGUCACCCUGCCUCCAUGUGAUGCGAAGUGCUGCUGAUGCUGUCGGAGUCACAACAUGGCCGAAUACAAGGUUACAAGGUUUUAACUUCCAAAGAGCUUCCGGUCUUCAGAUUCCUUCCGGUGGUUGUGACAGAAACGAUGGUGCCUUUUUGUUCAUUUCAGAUCUUCCGCGAGGAGAAGAAUGUGUUAAUAUGUCUAGGGACUAUCAUAACGGUGUUUUACAUCAUCAUGGAUAUAAUAUUGUACACUGUCCUCCAAGACACAGUGCUGUCAGUUCCCCAGACCCUCCCAGGUCACGCCUACUCCCCCUUCUAUCCUCUGACUAUGAAGUUGAUCAUGACUGAUCCCACGAGUCACUAUGUUAUUAAGCCAACUUCAGAAAUAUUCAAUCAAGUGACAGGAUUUAGUACAGUCUUUUUCUUUGUAACAGCAAAUAUGAUUAGCUUUUCCCAUGUGAUCAUUGCACUCAUUGCAGGGAAGUUUAUAGCGUCCGAAUGUAUCAGGGACCGUCGGUUUGGCUUGAUAUUAUUUGAAUUCAGAACAUGGUUAGAUGGUCUUGACGGCGUUGUCUUCCGAAGCAGAGCCAAAGACUUCGCCUACCAUUCCCACAGAAACAGUUCGGGAUACUACAUUGAUCUAUUGUGUGACACUAUUGGUGGCUUUGCAUUAUCUACAGGUGCGCUUUUCUACCUGUUCAAAUACUUUGAGAAGAAGGCUGUGGAUGUACCACUGUGGACAAAGAACGGCACCAAUGGUUCUACCAAUGGACAUACAAGUGUACCCAGUAAAAAGCUGAUAUUGUGGAAAAUUUUCUGUUAUGGUAUACUGAUUGGUCUGUCCAGCAAGUGUUGGGAUAUGCUUGUUGACCAGAUGGAGGGACUGUUUGAGAAACCUAUAAACGACGCAGCUCUGACGGCACUCCAGACGUCAACGCUACAUUCGUGGUUCACAUGGUGCAUCAUCCUGUUUUGGCGCCUCCUCCAAGGGCAGCAACUCUUACAGUACCUCGUGGUAGCUGUAUGUAUAGAUAAAAUAUGGGAAUUCAUCAAUUUUGUGCAGUACCUCGGAUAUGUAGUCAUCAUUUCCUUAGCCCUUGCAUCCUAUGCCUAUAUACAAUAUGUGAAAUACCUUCUACACCUCUGACACAAGAACAAACCCAGUAAAGUGUACACGGAACUGGUUGUGGCGCCAUGUUGCCCCAGCGCUGGAGGGUUCUAAAACUAUACUGUGAUAAUAGAUAGAGGAUUGUAUCAUGACAUAUUUAAUGCUUGGAGCUUAACUUGCAUUAUAUUUGACAUGCCACAGAUUUGUGGACAGCCCUCUGUAGAUGAUAUGCAGUGGUACAUUACAUCCAGGCCGCCAUCAUACACUGUCAUGUUGUGUCAUGUUCGUUAUGGCCAAAUAAAAAAAUGUUGUGGUUCUAAUUACACCUCUUUCAAAUUUAGGGUAGGUAGGUCGGAUAUUUUUUAUUUAUUUAAAAAAAAUUUUUUUUUUAGAAGUAAAGUACGAACUAGUAACAUAUUUAUCAAUGUGUAUUUGUUUGUUUAUUCAAUCAAGAUUCCAGCCAUCAUGUCAACUAUCUCAAUCAGAAUAAUGGAUGUCCGUCGGUGCUGGGAAAAAAACAAUGGUAUCUGAAAGCUUAUUUUAUUCAUACCACUUUAAAAAAAUCCGAUUGGCCCCAGAAUUCAAGGGUCGGUCGGGUAAUCGGAACCACAACAUAUCUUUUUAGGCCUAUCCUCAAGAAUUGAAAAGUCGUUUAGUUAAACCAACAGAAUUAUCUUCAGAUGCAAUAAAAGAUUUUGUGUGAAACAUUUAACUGCCGGAAGGUACAUUUUGAUAAGGUGAUACUGUUUGCUACCUUCUAGUUCAUGUAUACAUUUGGGAGCAGUGAUAUAUCCAGUAAAUGGAUAUCUACUUGACAACAUCCAUGGAGGGGCAGUCCGCGACAAACUGGGCCAUGUCAGGGGCGUAGCUACCAUUGUAAAAAAGCCAGGGCUUGCACAUGAUUGUUGCUAAAAAGGCUGGGCAAACCCUCAAUACUAUCUAAAUAAAGCUUUGCAACCUAUCGGGUUUACAUGAAAAGAAUUGGCUUGCUAAGAGCCUGCUUGUAACACUUGUGUCCUUGCCUCAUUAAUUAUUUUAUUGUCGGAUCAACUUGAGCGUGCAAAUAGAUACGUUUGAAUGUCUGCGAUGUGUUCAAAUUCUACCGAGAGUCAUAAUAUGGUGAAUGUGAUCAGGGAGUUCUUUGUUUCAGUGAUAACAUCAGUCUUUAAGCAUAAUGGGGAUAUGUUUACAGGUAUCCGUGAGACAAAACAACAGGGAUUUAGUACAAUCACAGCACUGGCUCUACAGACAGCAGCUUUUUGAAUGUAGAAAUAGAGCUUUUCCAUGAGGCUUGCAUUUGAUCAUUAAAGAUAGGCUGGUUUGUUACAAUAGGAAACUGCUUGAAAUAGUAAGUUUGUGACUAAAGUGCUUACCGUUCGCUAGUGCAGAAAAAUGUUUAUUGCAAAAUCCCAUCUUGCCUUUGAUUGCCGUAUACAUUUUUGUAUUUCAUUUGAAAUACAAACCAAUAUUCAUGAAUAACUAUGUAUGUGAAGUACAGUAGGGGUAGUUUUACUGUUCAUGUGGUAGUUGUAUUCAUGAAGGAUACUUUCACUUGAAAAUAUCAACAUUUUCACAUGUAUGUUAUAAUUAGUGUUGGUAUUGGCAUACAACCUGCGAUUUGAUAAAUCACGAUACUAAAAUUUUAGUCACGACGAUAUUGCCAAAGUAUUGUGCACUGAAGCUGCGAUACAAUACGAAUCCCGAUACAAGAGUGGCAAUAUGAUGUGUAUCACGAUACUAAAAUCGUUAAUUCUACCACCAACUAUAAAACACCUUAAGAUCAAAACAAAACCAUUUAAAAGAAUUUUGUCAAAUUCCGCCUGCAUUUUUCAAUGUUCAAUCGGAAAUGAGAUAAUUAAGUUUAUACACGUAAAUGUUGAUAAAAUGCGUUUGACCGUUUCUGACACAAGAAUUUCUGAGAAACUUAUGAAGGGAAAAUAAGUAUGCAUAUAUUUUUAUCAUCAAACAAAAGUAAGUCUUUCUUGACAGGUAUCGCGAUUCGGCAAUAUUCAAAGUAAAACAUCAAUGUAUCGUUGCCCAUUUGAAGUAUCGUAUCGGGAUAUCACGACAAUGUAAAACUUUGUAUCGAUUCACUGUAUCUGCGGCUCAUGGAUCGAUGCAUAUCGAUGAAUCGUCACACCACUAGUUAUAAUGUGCAUCAGUCUGCGGGCAUGAUGCAAGGGUUACCCUGUUAACGUCCAGCUGUGGCAUGGGCACACAUUCACACCUGCAAUAUAUAGAAUUUCUCAUAAUCAUCGUCAGAUUUGGUAUAAUCGUGUAUAAGUGACACUCCAACUGAAGCUUCCAAUGAAACUAUGCAUAGUCUGGGAGAAUCCACCAUGUGUUUGACCUUGACCUCUUGACAUUGGGAUCAGUGUCAGGACAAAUAAGUUGGUCAGGCGCCUCAUGCUGUCUGCCAGGUUACGGAGCCGAUAUGAAGAGUGACAGUCAUGUCAUGUCAUUUGUAACGCUACAAGUUAAGCCCUUUUUGUCACAUGACCAACACUUGAAUCAUGGGAAGUGACUCCUCCAUUUUGAUCAUUGCCAUUCCAUUUGUUUCAUUUCAUUGUUUUUGAUUACUUGUGAAGGGGCCAAUUUAAUGGGACGUCCCGUGCAGUGAUUUUCUGGCUUGUUUACACAAUUAAUCCACUCAUUCCGAUGUAUAGAUGUAAGCGUGUGUAUAACCAGCUAUAAUAUGUGGGCUGUCAAUGGCUUGGUGGCCAUAAUCAUUAAUCUCCUGCCAUGAUGCCUGCACACUGCUGUAGCCUAUGGCUACAAGUGAUUUAUAGAGCUAUAAUAUUCCCAUUGCACUCUUUUUGCUGCACAGUAACCAUGCACAUAAAUAUGGUUGUUUAUUACUAGUGAUUUUUGUUGUGUUAUUCAACUUGAAAUUCUCAGUGAUGCUAUUUACAUGCAAUGAUAAAAACAAUGUAUUUUUAAUUUGUUUGUGACAUUUGUCUCCCUUUUUGCACCAGGAUGUACAGACCAAGUGUGUCAGUUGUGUAAACUUGAGCUUAUAAGGGCAGGUAAGAAUGAUGUGGUGGGUGGCUGAGACGUGUUACCCUGGUCUCUUGCCACCCAUUUGCCCAGUCUCUCUCACUAUGGUCUGGUCACAGACUGGUCUGCUGUAGCCUGGAUGUCCUGAAUGGCAUGACAUUUCCAGACGACUGUACUGUCAUCAGACAUACCCAAACAUGGUUCUUGUCAAACAUUGUUCGAUGUGUUAAGUUUAUGUCAGAUAUUGACAGUCUUUGACCUGUUAAGUUUAUGUGAAAAAUUAUCAUUUUUGCUUUUUGACAGCAGCUGUUCAGAACUGAUGUAAAUGUAAUCCUGUAAAUCUAGAUCACAACCACCUCCCAACCAGUUGAAAGUGUGUCUUGAUUAACAAGUUGAUGAGAUUAAUAGGGUUUCACUCUAUUGAGGAGGCAGUUCAGGAUAUGGUUUCCCCAAUGUGAUCUAGCCCUGUCAUUCAUUCACAUGUACACAUAUCAAGGGGACUUCGAUAACAUUUGCUGCCCUUUUGAUCAAUGACAGCUGCUGGCAAGAACUGAUGCAAACAGCGGUUGAAAAGGGCAAUCAGAGCUCCAGAUAAGGGCCGCAUCGGCGUACGUGCGGAUAAAAAAUGCACGAUACGGUAGGAAA